CGGUGUUAUGAUUAGUACGUGCUCGUUCAAUAAGUGACAGGAAGUCAUUCUUAUGUCAAAAUCAGGUCGUAUCAUUCUUAUCAGUGAGUAAUGGUCAUUUGUUGAAGACCGUAUUGCGAAAUUUUUGAAAGUUUGUAUAAAGAAGGUCAAAACAAUUUUUGAAAUCAAGUAUUUACUAUUAAGCUACCAUUUGUCAACAAUGUCGCACAAGGGUCACGUGGUCAACACCGUUCCAAGCGCUGCAGUGUAUACCUCACCAUCGGGACAUCACACGACCGUUGUGAUGCAGCAACAACCUUAUGUAGUCACACGCUCUUCGCCUGGCCUGUUCGGGUCCCUUGGACGCGAGCUCAACAAUCUGGGUAGAACCAUUAGCAGAGAGAUCGACUGGACUGCAGAUCAGAUCAACAAGAGUUUGGCUACAACUGCAACUGGUAACAUUUUGAACCUGUUCCAAUCAGGCAAUUUUGUCCAGCUCGUCUCGAGGAUCAGUGGGAGGAGUCUGGAAAUCGUACAGGGACCAGCGGGGCUCGUAGUUGAUGGACUGGGGCCCGAUAAUGCUCCACAUGCAACAUGGACGAUAGUGAAUGAAGGGGGCAAUCAAGUUCGUCUCCAUAACAACAACAACUUCCUGGCCAUUAUCAACGGGAGCACCAUCGUCAUUCAUAUGCCCCCAGGGGUCAUGCAUGGGGUCGAGACGAAGUUUCAGGUGACCCAGCAUGGUCAGUUCAUCAUUCUCGAGUCCCUAAAAGAAAGGGGCCGCCACGUCGGGGUUUUACCCGGAGGUGCGCUGAAACCCGCCCUGGCCACUGGGAAAGAGGACCACGCCAUGUUUGGUGUGCGAUUAAUGUAUUCACCUUACUCUGUGGUCACAAAGUAAUGUGGGGACGAUGGGAAUAUCGUGAUCUGAAAAGUUUGCACACUAUCCAAGUUGGAGCUACGCUGCGCUUUAAAAGACAUUGAUAAUUCAUUGCCGCAACUGUGAUUGUCUUGUUUUCAUUAUCAUAACUGUUAUUGUCUUUUGAUUGUUUUGUUGGAAAAAGACAUUUUUUUACAGAACUCUUAUGUUUUAUAGCCUGAAUUGUUUGUUUAGUUUGAUUGGAACUUUUCUGUAUUAUAACUGGAAUUAAUUGUUUAUUAACUUUUUUGUUUUCAUUAUCAUAACUGUUAUUCUCUUUUGAUUGUUUUAUUGGAAAAAGACACUUUUUUACAGAACUCUUCUGUAUUAUAGCCUGAAUUGUUAGUUUAGUUUGAUUGGAACUUUUCUGUAUUAUAACUGGAAUUACUUGUUCAUUAACUUUUUUUUUACGUUUGCUGUAAUUUGUAUUACCUAGUCCAGUAAUUACUGUCACAGUUUUUUUGACGUGACAUUUGAUUUUGUAUUACCUGGAUCAUGCUUUGAACUUUUUAAUUCAUUCCUAAACAUAUAUACUCCUUACCCAGGUUUAUUUAAUAAAAAAACUAUAAAUAUAUGAAAUAUAUGAGUCUUACUCUAGCAAAACCGACUUAUCAGAGACAACACCAGGGCCCUUGCUACACUUUGGGGGAUUGGGGCUGGGGCCCUUAGAGGGGGAAUUUCACGUCGUUUUGGGCGAAAAGGGGGAAUUUUACAAGAUCUUUUAACCAAUCAUUCAACACUUAAUAUUGCUCUAUUUUAAUGUAAUUUACUUAAAUAUACAUUUAAUCAAAUUUUUAUAGCAUGAUACCAGCUGGUAACAUAGGUAUAAAAGUAAAAAAAAAACAAAAAAAACAAAUUUUUUUUUUUUUUUGGGAGGUGGGAAUUUUUUUUUACUAUUUUAAGGGGGGAAUGGGGCCGAAUUUCGGCCCCAAAAGCGGCCAAACGAGGGCCCUGAACACUUUCCACUUUUAAAGUAUUUUUUCAUUAAGCUCAGUUUACCAAGAGCACGGCUCAUAUAGCGCAAUAUUUUUCUCAUUUAUACUUCUAGUCAAGUAUUUCUGUCACAUGUUUGUUAAGUAUUUGCCAAAAGUAAAAAAUAUAUUUGUCGUAAAUUUCAUUCAGAAGGUCAAUCCAUGAGAUUGGGUAGUAAUCUAAAUUUUAAACAAUAUAGUUCAAUUUAGAUUAUUUUAGAUGUAUGUAUAUUUCAAUUAAAAAAGAAAGAGUUCAUGCCACAUAACUUUAUUUUUGCUGAAGCAAUCUUGGGGAUGUUUGUUUGUUUGAUAGAAUAUUGCAUUUAAUUAACAAGUAAAUAUAGAUUUUUUUUCUUUAGUUUUAAAAUCACAUUUAAUACUUUUUUUUACAAAUGUAUCCAUUUUUUAAACACUUUUGAUUGUCUUUAUAAUGACAGGUUGACAUAGGCUAUAAUUGUGUUGUCAUCAGUGUAUGGAUGGCCUCUUCAAUAUGGUGCUCUUUUUACAAAAUGCAUUUGAUAUUUUCUGUCCCUUUUUUAUUUUAAUAUGUAUGAACAAUUUAAGUUGUAAUAUUCAUAUUUGAUAUACUAUUUGCUUACUUAUAUACAAAACACAAUUGUCUGCAUUUUCUAAUAUAUUGUAUAUUUGCGAUUUUAUGCCCCAAAAUAUAUAUAUGUAUAUAUUAAAAUGUGUUACUUCUUUUAUCAUGAUUCACUUUUAUGUAUCUCUUUUACAUUUCUAUUUUCGAAACUUUGUUAGCAUGUUGAUUGUUACUACUAUAUGUUAUAUUGUUAUAAAAUGUUAAUCUAUGUUGAUAACUGUAUCAUUUUACCAAUAAAAAUACUACUUUUA